UCUAUGGGUAUACAUUUGAUUUAUAAAUCUAAAAGCUUUAUUCAAGCUGGUUGAAGGUGGCAUGUUAUUCCUUUCCAAUAAGGAUAAUCUUGGCAUUAUAGUCUUCCUUGGUCGACAAAACAACUGUUGAUGCUGCAUUUUGUUCUUAUUGAAAGCUAAAGUUGCUUACAGUCUUUGAUAUCAUGAUUCUUGCUGCUGCUUUUUAAUUUUUGAUACAUUUAAAAUCUUAAUCAAGUUAUUAUUGGUCUAAUUGGCAAAUGUAUGUUUGAUAAUUAUGAUUAAGGUUAAAUUCAUCUAGUUUAAAUGUAAGACCUGAAACUAAUAGUGUAGACAUAUUGCACACCUCUAAGAUUCUACGAGUAAGAUCUGUGUUUUACUUUUUAGGCUUGUUUUGCUUGCUAUGGUUACAGGAGGUAUAAGAUGCUUUGCCUUUUGUAUGUUAUAAUUACUCCAAAUUAUUAUUUCAAGUGAGAAAGAGAGAAGAAAGUGCAAAAAAAGAAUGGAACAACUAAAACAUCUACAGGUACCACUAAUUGUUGCAAUUAACGAUCUUUCAGGAGCCAUUGGCAGCAGGAAAGUAUCUCAUGAAUUCGCAGAAUUCCUUCAAUGUCCUCUCGUUGAUGAAAACGAUAUCACUCCAACCCCUGAAACAAUAUCAUCUCCAACCAUAAGUGCAGCUUCUAAUGACGCUGCUGUCGAUUCAUCUUUUGGAAUUAUUUGUCGAAUCGCUUUAACCCAGCUUAGUUUGAAGUUCAAUGUUGUUGUUGUCAACAUGCAAUGUAAUAACGAGCGUCUCCAUAAAUUGGAACAAUUGCAGCAUUCUGGGAAAGCACGCUCGGUCAUUAUUCAACCCAAAACAAUUUAUCAUCAAGAUCAUUAUCUUUAUGAUGACGGUGGACCUAUCUUAAAGAGUCAGCCUCAAGAUUUACGCAUUCCAGUUGUUUGACAGCAAAGAACCCUGAAAAAUAUGAAUUCGAGAAGACGUAUAAAUGUAACAACUGUGAAGAGUUUUCAGACGAUUGUUAUGAUUGCCUCUUGCAAACCAAUCUCAAACUUGAAAUUUUGCCAGCUAUUCUUUAUGAUGGGGUGCAUAAACAUUAUUUUAAUCUCAUAAUCAUGCCCUUUAAGUACAAUUACCAAUUUCGAUGUAUUAUUUGUGAUGAAGUGGGCAGCUCAGUUGGCUACAAAUGCUAUGAUUGCAAUUUUGAUGUUCAUGUCAAUUGCAUGUUACCUUCGGAGCUCACAAUUGGAUCAAAAAGGUCGUAUUUAUGCCCUCCUUCUUAUCUGCCAUCUUAUUUUGUUGUGCGUCGUUGCCAUGUGUGCGAAGGAGAAGAUUUGGAUAGGCAACCGCUAAUAUAUGUUAGCUAUACUCCGGGAGUUCGCUACCACUAUGAUUACUUUCAUUUUACUUGUUUUACACAACGUAUGAGACAAUUUCCUAGUGAGUAUAUCGGUGGACCCAAAUGAGGAAGCAAUUAUUAAAGUUUAUUAUUAAUUGAAUUAUUUAGAUGUUUAUUAAUUAUAAUUUCAAUAAAUUGUAUUAUUUUGUAAUUUUAUUAUUU